CCAGUUCUAGCGGUCAAAGUCAACUUAUUGUGGUUAGUCAACACGCGCCAUGGAAAUUCAGCAGAACAUGGCUAUCGAAUAUCAAUGGAGAUCAGACGAUGAUGUUGUUACAGAGCCUUACGCCUUACGGGGAGGACGAGAAGACGGGCGCCAUCUCCACCUCUCGGCGUCGUCAUCGUCUCCCAAGUCCCAAUUCAGAUGGAGGACCGCAUGCCCGCCGCCGGGACCGGGACCGGGAGGGCGCGGCGCUGCGGCUUCGUGGUGUGGCUGCACGGCCUGGGCGACUGCGGCCGCGCCAACGAGUUCAUCGCCGACCACUUCUCCGCCGCCGCCUUCAGCGACACCCGCUGGGCCUUCCCCACCGCGCCCACCGCCCCCGUCACAUGCAACCGUGGCGCGCUCAUGACUUCGUGGUUCGACAUCCACGACGCGCCGCCCAUCACUUCGAAAUCCGUCAGGAAUGAGGAGGAUGUGCUGCGAGCUGUUCAGAUUGUGCACACUAUGAUCGACAGGGAAAUAGCUGCUGGAACAAACCCGGAAGACGUAUUCGUUUUUGGGCUUAGCCAAGGAGGUGCCUUGAGCAUAGCAAGCGUGCUGCUGUACCCCAAAACUCUUGGUGGUUGCGCAGUCUUCAGUGGCUUCCUCCCCUUCAACUCUACUUCUUUCGCGGCCAGAGUAACAGAGGAAGCAAAGAAGACGCCCGUCCUAUGGAUCCAUGGCGGAGCUGACUCGCUGAUCCCGAUCCAGGAAGGGCGAGACGGGGUGAAGUUCCUGCGAGGGCUCGGCAUGACCUGCGAAUUCAAGGCGUACGACAGGCUUGGCCACAGGCUGGCGCCGUACGAGAUGGAGUACUGCGAGCGAUGGGCGUCAGAGAACAUUCAGAACGAACACAGAGAAGACCUGAAGCUGGAGAACGGUGGCCUUCAGGGGAGCAAGUUCUGCGGAGUCUUCAGCUGCUUCUCCAAAUAGAUAGCUGCUGUUUCAAUUGCAUCAAGUGAUGUUGUAAUUGACGCUAGUGCUGCAUCAUGUCUCUGCGAA